AUGGAGGAAAUCGGUAUCCAGCCAGCGCAUACAGAGGCCUCGACUUCUGUGGCACCGGCAUACAAUGGCCGUGAUGCGUUCCUGCACUUUAAGAAACAGCAGCAGCAGCUCGAGUUCCUCAACACGAUGGAAGAAUAUGUGAAAGACGAGCAGCGCAACCUGAAACGCGAGCUUGUGCGCGCACAGGAUGAAGUGAAACGCAUCCAGUCCGUACCGCUCGUCAUCGGCCAGUUUCUGGAACCGAUCGACCAAAUGACCGGGAUUGUGGGCUCGACUACUGGAUCGAACUACGUAGUGCGCAUCCUCUCCACAAUUGACCGCGAGCUCCUGCGUGCGGGCAGCAGCGUCGCUUUGCACCGCCACUCGAACUCCCUCGUCGAGGUCCUGCCACCCGAAGCGGAUUCGAGUAUUGUGAUGAUGAGUGCGAGCGAGCGUCCGACCGAGACGUACCAGGAUAUCGGUGGUCUGGACGUGCAAAAACAAGAGAUUCGUGAAGCAGUAGAGCUUCCUCUAGUGCAGUUCGAUCUGUACCGCCAGAUUGGUAUUGAUCCACCGCGCGGAGUGCUCCUGUAUGGCCCGCCCGGCACGGGUAAAACAAUGCUUGUCAAGGCCGUUGCGAAUGCCACCACCGCGUCCUUUAUCCGCGUCGUCGGCUCCGAAUUUGUGCAGAAAUACCUUGGCGAGGGCCCCCGCAUGGUGCGCGAUGUUUUCCGACUCGCGCGCGAAAACGCGCCGUCUAUUAUUUUCAUCGACGAAAUCGACGCGAUUGCGACCAAGCGUUUCGAUGCACAGACCGGUGCGGACCGUGAAGUGCAGCGUAUUUUACUUGAGCUCCUCACACAAAUGGACGGUUUCGACCAGGGCAGCAAUGUCAAGGUGAUCAUGGCGACGAACCGUGCGGACACACUGGACCCUGCGCUACUGCGCCCUGGCCGUUUGGACCGCAAGAUUGAAUUCCCGCUUUCCUCGCGCCGUGAAAAGCGGUUGAUUUUCCAGACGAUUACGAGCCGCAUGAAUUUGAGCCCCGACGUGGACUUGGAAGACUACGUGAACCGGCCGGAUAAGCUGUCGAGCGCUGAAAUCGCCUCUGUUUGCCAAGCUGCAGGGCUGCAAGCAGUGCGCAAGAACCGCUACGUGGUGCUUCCUGUCGACUUUGACGAGGCCAUCAAGCAGAUUGCCAAAAAGCCGGACGACGGGCGCAUGGCGUUUUACCAGUAG